AUGCCGCAGGACAUAUACAGCCCCUCCAGCGGGCCGCCAUCCGACGCCACCAUCCGCACUCUCACCACGUUCCACGGCAUUCUCUGGCGACAGGUCGAGAAACGACACCGAAUGGCCCGAGUCGAGGAGCAGGCAUUAGAGCAGAAGAGGGGCCCGGUUAACGUCAACAACAGCUGGCCCACGCCCACCAGAGUCCCAUGGUCCGAGGCGCACUUGCUCCGUCCGCUCUUCAAAGCCCUAAUGGCGAUUACCUGCUGCGCCGACUACGACAACGAGGACUCCACCACGGCGGGCCGCUUCCCGGUCUACCUGGUCCGCACCGGCGUCGAGGACGGUCUUUCGGCACCCAUCUCGUUCGAUGCCGAACUUGCCGCCCACAGGAUGAAAUUCAUGUCGGAAAACGUCGUAAAGACAACGCUUGAGGCCGCCGUCGAUUUCAUCAUGGCUCUGGAAGCGCGCGAAGCCGCUGUCUUUGGCACCCAGCCAGACCCGGCUUACAUCGAGGCGCCGCCAAGGGACAAGGAAGGCCGCGAGCUGACAAGACUUCCGAGCAGCCAGUGGGUUAGCGACGAGAAGGCGGCCGAGUGGGGUUGGGGCGGACGCGGCCGGCUCUGGGACGAGGUCAGGUGUCCUCGCUUCGAGCAGAGGGCACUGCGCUCUUACAAGUCGUUCCUGUUCGCACAGCAAAUGUACAGAGAAGGACGGCGGGAACCACCACCGUAUAGUCCUCUUCCAGACCCAGAAAAAGGGAAGGAGGCUCGUGUCGCCGGGGAAUACGAAUGA